AUGUCGUUACAGACCACAGUCUUGGUCAAUGGAACCUGGGCCACGAGGACAGUUGAUAUUGGAGAGCUGCUCUCCCGCAACCGUGAGGCAGACAAUACCUCUGGAAGGACAGAAAGAUUCAAACCUCCUGCUACUGGAAUGCUCUCUAGAACGCUUAUCCAGGGUCCUGCCGUCCAGUGGAUAAUUCCUGCGCGUCUCAGGCACCAGGAUCAGAAUGAUGUCGUGUUCAUUGGAGAUAAGUUCAUUCAGAUCAAAGAGCUGGUUCCAAGUGGCCAUCUAGAGGAGGUGGUUACGAAAGCCGACUUCGACUCUAGAAUCAUCGGUGCCAAAAUUAUCAACUCGCGGCCAGGACCUGGGUUACAAGAUGAAAUAAAGCAGGGAGCGAGGGUUCCAAGCCACUCUACCCAAUCUUUACCGGACGAGGGAAGUGUCCCGCCUCAUAUAUUAGUUCUUGUAUUAAGCUCAAAGGAGAUUCUAUUCAUGUUUACCAAGCCAGGGGCUCGCGGAAUUCCUGAGUUCGUCUACUUUAGACGACCUUUACCAGCAGAUACAAGUGCUCUAGAGGAAUAUGGACGACACAUUGCUGUGGAACCUCGAGCGAGAGCAAUGGCUAUAUGUGCCGCCCAAAAAUUUUUUGGAGUGUUCUCCCUGAAAGCUUCAUCCACAAUUCAGGCCGAAAUGGCCAAAGGACCUGUAAAUCCUAUCAAGGAGGAGUGUUUCUUCCGUGCAGACGCUCAAGACUCGGAAUCAUAUUAUGUCACAUAUGACUGGAGUGCAAUGGAAACCCUACGAUCGAUGGAUCCGAGGGUCACCAGCCACAGGCUCUCCAAUAAUUACCGUAUGCCCACAGUUUUAAUCCCUUUAAUCCACUCGACUUCUUUUAUGGUUGCAACACAUUCCACCAUGUCUAUCUACAAGAAUGUAUUAAACACAGAAAAUACCACCCCACCAAUCAAUUGCCCCUUCCCGAUAUUGGAGGACCGCCCACGGUCAAGAAACCAGAUCUGGACUCAUUGGGCUCGAGCCAGACGAAACCGCAUCCGGAAUGCCCAGUUUGACGACAUUUACCUAUGUCGUGAAGACGGAAUGGUUCUUUACUUGGAGAUUGCAUUUGCCAUCCUUCCCGAAGGAUACCAAGCUGGGGAUGUCCUAGUCACUGCCGGUAGCAUGUGCGGUGGCGGCCUAUUCAUUGAAGAUGCGCGAAAACCUCCGAGAUGUAUCCAAAGGGUUCCUAACUGGGGCCCUAUUCUAGACACUGUCGUCGUAAAGGCAAAGCGCUCAAUCACCGGGACACAGCCCAAAGGCUCUCAACAAGAAAUGGGAUUACCCUAUGAUCGAAUCUUUACCUGUUCGGGUGUUGGCCCGGAACAUGGCACAAUCUCCGAGUUGAGGUACGGUAUCGAGGCACAGAUAGGACUUGCAAUCGAACAUGGAGCUUGUUCAAGCAUAACAGGAGUGUGGGGGAUUUCCACCCCCAGAGGCGAAGGGACUCUUUGCCUGCUUACAGAUCCAAUAAUGUCCUCUUUGAUCUUUAUUCCCGUAAGUGGCGCCGAGGAAGGAGAUGCCAUGAAUGAAGAAAGAAGUGGUCUAGAUCUUAGCCACCAAACACUAGCAGCCAGUAUCACACCGGACGGUGUUAUAAUACAGGUUACCAAUGCAUCAAUUCGCCUGAGCCAUGGAGUUAUUCAGCAGCGUUCUUCAAUAACAUGGGAGGACCCAAAUGACCGGGCGCUUAUAGCCUUCACCAGCGGGCCUCUUUCUCUCGUUGUCGUAGCUAUAAGAAACGGUAGCGAUAUUCGUGUGGAACUCCGAGAAGUCAGGUCUGAUGAAAGUGGAUGUACAUGUGCUCUUGUGGGACUUCCUCUUGCCCUAAAUCAGGAACCUAUAUGCUUUGCGGUCGAAGAGCUUGGUGGAAAACUAUACCUCUUAAUCGGGACAAGUGAAGGAAAGCUCCUGAUUGUAGCAAUAAAUGGCUUGGAUGGGCUAACCCCUUAUCUUGAACGGGGGAUAGUAAUGGGCAAGGAUGAUAUCGAUUCACCAGCCUUUGAGUCUCUGAGGCUCAUAUAUACCGCUGGCGAAGAAAGAACACGAUCGACCCUAUUUUGCGGACUCCGAAGCGGGCAUUUGAUUCCUUUCAAUAUCAUACAAGGAGAUUCUUCAUUCGAAAUACAUCAAAUGCCUCCUCACAAGAUUGGUGAAACCUCUGUUCGCAUAGGGGGCUAUGAAUCCGACAAAUCAUUUGCCGUCGUUACUUGUGCACCAGGCUUUUGGAGGCUAUCACAUAGUCCGAUUGAAGCUUCACUGCAGUACUCAUUAGAUAAGAUUUGGGUCACUGAUCAAAGCAAGCCAGAAAAAAUGCAACCAGUAAUCGACGUAUUUGGCUGCGUUGAUGCACCUUCUCAGGCUCCACCCACAGGCCUUAGUGGCUCCUUGUUAUGCAUUGCAGACGAUACUCUCUUUGCCUGUAGCCUGGAAAGAGUCGCAAAGGCCGUACCUCGUGAAAUACGCGUCCGCGGAAACCCCAAGCGGCUAGUCUAUUCUGAAUAUCUGAAUAAACUAAUUGUGGCUUAUAACAGGGUAGAUUUCGACUUCACGCCAUCCACGGAGGGGACAAAGCGCUGGAUAUGGCCCAAGAUCGGGUUUCUUGAUCCAAAUGGAGAGACAAUCAUAUCGGCCCCGAUCGAUCUUAGGGCUAGGGGUAGUGAAUCUUCAAUCCCUAUUGUUUUAACCCGCCAACCAGUUGGGGCGUCUGGUGAAAAGGUAACGGCUUUGUUGGACUGGAAAUUCUACGGUGAAGACAAUGAGUACCAUAUGAUUGUUGUAGGAACAGCAUAUCCAGAUGCCGAUUACAAAACGGGGAGAGACGUUACCAUUGAAUACAGAGGAAGGAUAGUUUACAUUACAGUCCGGCAAAGCCCGCCAGGUACAGGAAAUAUUGAUUGCAUGACCAAACGCAUCCACAAGUACGAUCAACCUGUCAGGACGAUUGCUUCAUUUGGACCGAGCUCUCUGAUUGUUGCCACUGGAGAUGAUAUAAUAAUGCAGACGCUAGACCCAUCAAGUCGAAAGUGGCGGAGUCUGGAACCUCACCAUCUUGAGUCUCAUGCAGUUUCAGUUUCUGUAAAGGAACCAUAUAUCUACGUGCUAACGGCGCGACAUUCUCUAUGCAUCCUCCAGGCCACCCAGGACGGACUGAUUAUGCAUUGCCAAGCCGGUGCCGAUAAAGGAGGGCUUGAUCAUGUCAAUCUUCUCGGAGAAAGCAAAAUUAUAUUCACUGCUAAUCGAGGUGGAGCGCUUGUUGGCCUUAGUGAGGUUGGGCUGAUGGAUGACAAGGUGCUACGACCUAUAUUUUCAGCCAAUACCCCUUCCGCAGUUGUUCGAGUAACCCGCAGCUUCAGGCCUUAUCACGGGGAAUCUGGAAUCAUCUACGGCACAACACUCGACGGCACACUAUACAAAUUCCAGACUUUAUCAGAACAUGAAUGGCGAAUUCUGCGAUUUAUUCAAGGUUCUUGCAUCGCAGAUGUCAACAUAUGCCCCUUUCGCCGCAAACGUAGGAUGACAAUGGACGAAGAUGGCCCUGCGGGUGGCAAGCCAGAAUAUAUGCAUAUUGAUGGGGACAUCCUUGCGCGCCUUAUCAGCCACGGAGCUACCUAUCUUAAGGAGAUGAUGCGGAGAACCACCCCGGACGGCGCUCCGGUAGCAUAUACCGAAAAGAAGAUGGAAAGAUUUGUCGAAUUCGCCAGAUUAGUCGUAGGUGAGACUAAAGAUCCCUUCACAGAUGUCCUGUUAUGGAUGGAGAAUUUGCUCAGGGUUGAAAUCUAG